ACCUCAUCCUUGGGGAAGAAGUAAACAAAAGCUAUUAUCUUGAAACUUUUGGAGUGUCGCACAAGACUCCAAAAGUUAUGGUGUCUUAUGUCUGCUAUAGUAAGAGGUUAUGGUGUUACGAGUUGCUCUGUUCAGAUUUUUUUUUCUCCCCAGUUGUGACUAUGGGGAUUUCAGUUUCCUGCAUCUCUAAGGAAACAACCCUCAUUGAUGAAGAGGACAACUUGUCUUCUCCUGUGGAAGAUGGAACGAUGGAGAAUGGCAAAGUGCCUGAUGUCUCCCAGUUUCCUUAUGUGGAAUUCACUGGAAGAGACAGCGUGACGUGUCCAACAUGUCAGGGCACCGGGAGGAUCCCCAGAGAACAGGAGAAUCAACUUGUUGCAUUGAUUCCAUACAGUGACCAAAGACUGCGGCCAAGAAGGACGAAGUUGUAUGUGAGCACAUCAGUGGUGCUCUGCCUGCUGCUGUCCAGUCUGGCUGUUUUCUUCCUCUUCCCUCGUUCCAUUGAUGUAUCUAAUGUGGGAGUCAAGUCUGUUUAUGUCAGCUAUGACCUGGAUCAGCACAUCGUCUAUCUCAACAUCACAAACACUCUGAACAUCACCAACAAUAACUAUUAUUCAGUGGAAGUGGCCAAUAUUACAGCACAGGUGCAGUUUGCCAGGACGGUGAUUGGUAACUCUCGCAUCAGUAAUGUCAUCACUAUAAGUCCUCUGGACAUGAAACGGAUUGAUUAUAUGGUCCCUACUGUCAUUGGAGAUGAGUUAAGCUACAUGUAUGAAUACUGCACCUUGGAAACCAUCAAGGUACACAACAUUGUUGUCACGACUCAUGUGACCAUCACAGCAACAUACUUUGGCCACUCGGAGCAGAUUUCUGAGGAGAUGUAUCAAUACGUGGACUGUGGGGGGAACACCACCACCAUCAGAGGAAUAACCCGACCAAUUGGCAAUCCAGCUGAGUAAUGGCUCUCACUCAGGCUAGAGGUUUUGAUUUUGUAAAUGUUCAAAACUUGCUGUAUUCAAUCACAAAAGUGUAAAAGUAUAAUUAAUGACAAAUAAAUAUUUGUAAGUGAAGAGAAAGUUUAAUUGUAAUAUAAAAAACUGUUUCUAGCUUACAUAAAUGAAAAGUUAUAAGCAGUUACUAAAAUUAACUUUACUAAUGAUAGUUGUUCUUUGCAAGCCUUUAUAAAUAGGAAAAUAGAAGACAUCACCCAGUUCUACUGGCUCCCUGAAGCACAGACUUUAAAAUACUGUUGUUGGUUUAUAAAUCUCUGAACUGCUUUGCACCAAAAUAUAUUAAAACAUGCUCCACAAAUAAUCAGUCAAGUUCACCUGUACAGCACAUCUCAGCUAACACUAUAUAGUGUACAAUUGAGAAAACCAGUAACGAUCAUAACAUUUUGAUGAGUGCAAUGUUUAAUUUAUUAUGGUUCAAAAGAACUGUUAAUAAAUGGCUUUGAUAAGUUAUCCUUGAAUCUGCUGUAUAUCUCAGUUCCAGGUCCAGUUUUUGGGAUUGGCCCAAUGAUAAGCAUGUUUGCAUUCAAUUUUUCAAUUAUGAUUAAUAUACUACUGUAGUCAUGUUUCUGAAUUUCUGAUUUUUGUUUGGCUAGAUCAUUAUCUCCAUUGUCUAUGAUUCGGUGUUUGGAUGGUCGGUGGUUGAGUUUGGGAGUUUUUUUUUUCUCUGUUAUCAGUCACUGUGUCUGAAGAAAGGAGACUGCUUUUGUUCUCUUUGCAUUGCAGAAACUUUAGAUUCUAUUUACAGCCUCAUCACCUACUAUAAGAACUUAUAGUUCUGGAAGACAUGUUCUACAAUGCUUAACUCUUACAAACAACAAAGCAAAAAAAAAAAUAAUACAACAUUUGUUUAUUCAGGAUGACAAUGCUGAUAAAUUUGUUUUAAUGGUUUCAGCUUAGAUAAGUUUUAAGAUGUUCAACCAUUUAAAUUUCAGAUUUUAAGGAGCUGGAAAGUUUGCUUUGUAAAAGUUCAUUGAACAAUCUUCAUGGUUUAAGUUACCAUAGCUACAAUCUAAUGCUGUAAGUUUUAAUCUGGGAGCUUGAGCUGUUUGUUCACAAACACAGCUUAGUAAAUUACAAUUAUAACUGAUUGUUUUUAAGCUCAGCCAAUUAAGCUACCCUCUUCUCCCAAAAUGAAAUAAUUCUAUGUUGAAAUGCUGUUCGUUGUGCUGAUGUUCUUAGCAGAAAGAGGGGUCCGAAAGUCAAAUUCUGCCCAAGGCCUUGUACAACCUUCGACCGGUCCUGAAUGAUGAGCUAAAUCCACUGAACUGGAUACAGAGGAACUAACAAAGAGAUUAAAUGUAUCUGGUAGAGGCCAAGCUUUUCCAUUUCAUGUCUAUUGAGUUUGUAAUAACCAUCAGCAUGUGUGAGAUGUAAAUGCAGACGGAACACAUAAUUAUUUGCUCACAAAGACACAUAAUUCUCACGGGACCCUCGUCGCGCACCUCUGAAAUACCCGCUGUUUAUGUCUAAACCAGACUUUAUGAAAUCAUUCACUGUUAGAGCUCACAGUCUUUCAGCUUAAAAAGUGAACUUAUAGUUUAAACACAUUUGACUCUUGUCUGACCUGUUGUUAAAUUAUGGGAUGUCCUGUGAAUUUUAAUUGAUUGAUUGAUUGAUUUCAUAACGUGAACAUAACUCAUCACUAUUUCCUUUCGUGUUUUAAGCUAUUUUAAAGAAGUAUGUUAUGGAUUCCUUCCUUUUUGCAUGAUUAUGAUGUAAUUUUAUAAUUUCUUUUAUAUUUUUGAAAUACUUAAACAGUGAUUAUCAUUCUUAAUCUCCUUUCAUUCUGCUUUUAAUGAAACAAAUUUGCAGUUUAAUGUCUUGUUCGAUAUUUGUUUGAAGACAGUUGUCUUCAAACAAGACAGUUGUCUUCAAACAAAGAUAACUGUCUUUGUUUGAAGCCAGGCGUCUUUAUCAAACACUGUUUGGGUAAAUAAUAGAGCAAUUAUUUAAGUCAAGCAAAAAACAUUUUCUUUUAAUGAACCUCUUCACCCGUUUGUUUUGACUUGUCCAGAUCUUGUUUGCACUUUGUUUUUACGUUUGGGUUUAAAAUAUUUAAUAAAAUUAUGAAACCUGCACA